AUUAAAUUUGGGGAUGGAAGAGGCUUCUGCGUCUUUCCUUACUCGCAACGAUGACCAUGGCUUUGCUUUCUUUAAAAUUGAGGCCUCCAACUCUGACGCUGACUGGAGAAUUGAAAUCCGAACACACAUUGGGCUCUUUUGGCACUUGACUAGAGCUAAAACCUCCAGAUUCAGCGGGCAGGCGUUGCUCAGCAAUGGCGCGUAGGGUGUGUGUGGUUGGCUGGAGCCAGACCCCGCCCCGGCCUCGGCCCACGCUCUAGAGGGGACGUUGCCCCAAUCCUGAAGGACCUCGGCACUCGAGACCUGUGGAUGCCGCGUUGCUGUGGCCUGCGGGCGUGAUCAUGAAGCCAGGUGCUACUGGCGAGUCCGAUUUGGCCGAAGUGCUGCCCCAGCACAAGUUCGACAGCAAGUCCCUGGAGGCCUACCUAAACCAGCACUUGUCUGGCUUUGGGGCCGAACGUGAGGCUACGCUGACCAUUGCCCAGUACAGAGCAGGAAAGUCCAAUCCAACCUUUUGUCUCCAGAAGGGCUUUCAAACAUAUGUGCUCAGGAAAAAACCACCAGGUUCACUUCUUCCUAAAGCACAUCAGAUUGAUAGAGAAUUUAAAGUCCAGAAAGCCUUGUUUUCAAUUGGAUUCCCCGUUCCCAAGCCUAUACUGUACUGCCAUGAUACUUCUGUCAUUGGAACAGAAUUUUACAUAAUGGAACAUGUGCAGGGUCGAAUCUUUCGUGAUUUAACAAUUCCUGGAGUUAGCCCAGCAGAACGUUCAGCCAUAUAUGUGGCCAUGGUAGAAACAUUGGCUCAUUUACAUUCCUUGAAUAUACAGUCAUUGCAGCUGGAAGGAUAUGGUAUAGGUGCUGGGUACUGCAAAAGACAGGUAUCAACCUGGACAAAGCAAUAUCAAGCUGCAGCUCAUCAGGACAUCCCUGCCAUGCAACAGCUAUCGGAGUGGCUAAUGAAGAACUUGCCCGAUAAUGACAAUGAAGGGAAUUUGAUUCAUGGAGAUUUCAGACUAGAUAACAUAGUUUUCCACCCUAAAGAGUGUCGAGUUAUAGCAGUGCUGGACUGGGAGCUGUCAACCAUUGGUCAUCCUUUGUCAGACUUAGCUCAUUUUUCCCUGUUCUACUUUUGGCCAAGGACAGUUCCAAUGAUAAAUCAAAGUUCUUAUAGUCAAGAAAACUCAGGGAUACCAUCAAUGGAAGAUCUGAUUUCAAUAUAUUGCCGCUGCAGGGGAAUUAAUUCUAUUCUUCCUAACUGGAAUUUCUUUCUUGCCCUUUCAUAUUUUAAGAUGGCUGGAAUAGCACAGGGAGUAUAUAGCAGAUAUCUUAUGGGAAAUAAUUCAUCUGAGGAUAGCUUUUUAUUUGCCAAUAUUGUGCAACCUCUGGCAGAAACUGGACUACAACUCUCCAAACGAACUUUCAGUACUGUACUACCAGAGAUUGAUACUACUGGGCAGUUGUUUGUACAGACUCGGAAAGGUCAGGAAGUUCUUAUUAAGGUGAAGCAUUUCAUGAAACAACACAUUCUUCCAGCUGAAAAGGAGGUAACUGAGUUCUAUGUUCAAAAUGAAAAUUCAGUGGACAAGUGGGGAAAACCUUUAGUGAUUGAUAAACUCAAGGAAAUGGCCAAAGCUGAGGGUCUCUGGAACUUGUUUUUGCCGGCUGUCAGCGGUCUCAGCCAUGUGGACUAUGCCUUGAUUGCCGAAGAAACAGGAAAAUGCUUUUUUGCUCCAGAUGUCUUUAACUGCCAAGCACCAGACACAGGGAACAUGGAGGUUCUGCACCUGUAUGGAAGUGAGGAACAGAAGAAACAGUGGCUUGAGCCUCUUCUUCAAGGGAACAUUACCUCUUGCUUCUGUAUGACAGAACCUGAUGUAGCUUCAAGUGAUGCCACAAAUAUUGAAUGCAGCAUCCAACGAGAUGAAGAUAGCUAUGUAAUUAAUGGCAAGAAAUGGUGGAGCAGUGGAGCUGGGAAUCCCAAGUGCAAAAUUGCAAUUGUUUUGGGAAGAACUCAAAAUACUUCUCUCUCCAGACACAAACAGCACAGCAUGAUUCUUGUUCCCAUGAACACACCUGGAGUAGAAAUAAUAAGGCCUUUGUCAGUUUUUGGCUACACAGAUAAUUUUCAUGGAGGACAUUUUGAGAUCCAUUUUAAUCAAGUGCGAGUUCCUGCCACAAAUCUAAUACUAGGUGAAGGUAGGGGAUUUGAAAUUUCCCAAGGCCGCCUUGGACCUGGCAGAAUCCACCACUGUAUGAGAACAGUAGGUUUGGCGGAACGCGCUUUGCAGAUCAUGUGUGAGCGGGCAACACGAAGGAUAGCUUUCAAGAAGAAGUUGUAUGCACAUGAGGUUGUGGCUCACUGGAUUGCUGAAAGCCGCAUUGCCAUUGAGAAGAUCCGCUUGUUGACUCUGAAAGCCGCUCACAGCAUGGACACUCUGGGCAGUGCUGGCGCUAAGAAAGAGAUUGCAAUGAUCAAAGUGGCUGCCCCACGGGCUGUCAGCAAAAUCGUUGACUGGGCCAUCCAGGUGUGCGGAGGUGCUGGUGUUUCCCAGGAUUACCCUCUGGCUAACAUGUAUGCUGUAACCCGAGUUUUGCGUUUAGCGGAUGGACCUGACGAAGUUCAUCUUUCAGCAAUUGCAACAAUGGAGCUGCGGGACCAAGCCAAAAGGCUGACAGCCAAGAUAUAAGGAGAGUGACACUGCCACAUCCCACUGGCAGAAACUCUCCUUUAUACAAACUUCAUUGGCUCCAACAUUUGAAUCUCAUAUUUUUGCAGCAGUUUGAGCACAGGGUUAAUUAUUCAUUUGUGGUAAAGAUUAUAGCAUCUAUUUUGAUCAGUGGGUUUUAUUAUUUCAAGGGUCAUACAGGGUUAAGUUCAAUAAGAAAUGCUGUAGCUGUUGUCAAUCUAGUGCCUCCUCGAGGCCAGGAGUUCAGGACCAGCCUGGGCAACAUAGCGAGACCCCCAUUGCUACAAAAGAUUUAAAAAUGAGCCAAGUGUGGUGGCACAUGCUUGUAGUCCUAGCUACUUGGGAGGCUGAGGCAGGAGGAUUGCUUGAGUCUAGGAGUUUGAGGUUUGGUGAACUGUGAUCGUGACACGGCCUCCAGCCUGGGUGACCGAGUGAGACUCUGUUUCUAAAAAUAAAAACAAAUAAAAAAUAAAUUUCUUCUUGGGGUGGGGUGGAGGCAGGGAGCAAGAAUUUGACCUGGCUCUGAUCCCUGAUGUGUUGUGUGGGCCUCUUUAACAUUUGCCACUGAGCCUUAACCUCACUGUACCUCACUUUACUUUACACGCAUUGGUGUUAAUAUUUUAAUCUUAGAAGACCCUGAUCCACUGAGGGUUUGUUGUGAGAAUCACUGAAGCCAUGUAGAAGCACCUUGAAAUCUGUAAAACCACAAUAAAGUACUUUAUAAAAGGUAUCCUUAUUUGAAGUGGAUAAAUCUUAUAACUCGAACUAUUUAACCUUAUGAUUAAUUUUAAAAGUUGUGAUUUAGAAGACAGGAUUGUUUUUGAACAUUAGGAAUUAAAGGCUAUAUCUGGUCCUUA